GGUGUUUCCAUGAGUGAAAUAAAAGAAAGAAAUGAAAGAGAGGAGAGAGGGGAAAAAGGGAAGCACAGGGCCGGAGGUGGAGGAAGAGGAAGAGACAUAGCAAGAAGAAGCAAGACAGAUAGAACCCUAACCAAGUCAGAUCCAUCCGGCGGCAAUUGGCCUGUUUUGAAGGGCAGUAUCAGAUCUAUAUUAACCAAUGGAUGACCUCGAUGUGUUAGCUCGAGACUUGGGUUUUCGGCACGCAGGAAAAUCCGCACCAAUGAGAUCCGACGUCCGAUCAACUUCUUCUUCUGAUCCUGAUCCUAUGUUAUUCAACGAUAUCUUCGGUGGCCCUCCUAAAUACACCAAUACCAAUAACUCUGGCGAUUACAAUUACGAUUCUAUUUUCGUAUCCGCCAAGAACAAUAACAACAAUGAUGAUAACAUCAAGACCUCCUCCUUCCCUGUCUAUGACAAGCCAGUGUACGACGACGAUAUAUUUGACGGCUUACCGGGAGUAAAGAGCAAAUCCCUAUCUUCUUCAUCUACACUAAGAUUUGAGGACGAUGUCUUUGCUACAAUGACUUCUCCGCCUCAGCAAAACACUCAUUUUGAUGAUCUCUUGGGGAAUUUGGGGAGGAAUGAGAAGGUGGCACAACCAAAGAGCAGUGCUGGUUCCACAGAGUUCGAUGAUUUACUAGCUGGCUUUGGAACUGGCACCAGUAGCUGGUCAUUUACAGAUUCAACUUAUCCUUCCAAACCAGCUGAAAAUUCAAAUAAAAGCUCAAGUAUGCUGGAUGAUCCUUUUGUCAUGCUAGAGUCAACUUCGGUGCCAGCAAAUUCUUCUGGUGGGGAGUUUUCAGAUCCACUGGAAGAGAUUGGUAAGCUUGGUAAAUCUGGAAUGGCGAAAAUUGGUGCUUCAUCAGUUAGUGGAGGGGUGUUUGAUGAUUUUAAUAAGCCUGUUCAUCCAUUUUCCCCUGAGAAGAAGACAGGAGGGAAGGACAGAAGCCCAUCAAAGGCUGGAGCAGGAAGGAGUGAUGCACAUAACUCUCCCUCGAGAGAAAAUAUUGAGACACCGCCAUUUAGAUAUUCUGAAAGUCACUCGCAGAAAAAAGUGCCUGGGGAUAGUUUUCAAGAGUCUCCCCAUUUUAACAUGCCUUCAGAAGAUCCUUUGAGAUCUUUGGGUGAAGCUGCUCCUCCUCUGUAUGCAGAUAAUGAUCUUCACGAAACAAACUUCCAAGUGGAUACAUCCCCAAGAUCAGAGGACCAAGUACAGGCUUCUGAAGAUUUAUGGCUUACUGUAUCAGAGAUUCCUCUUUUCACACAACCUACAAGUGCUCCACCUCCAUCGCGACCACCGCCUCCAAUACCACGGCGCGGUUCAAAGUCAGAAGCAAGUUUUUCCGCUUCAAAUGCAAGGAAGGGUGAGGGUUACUCCUCUUCCCCUAAUCACUACCAGUAUUCUCAGAGUCCUAAGCAGGUUCGUCCUGCUGUUAAAAGCCCUCCAGUCUCACAGUUGGAUGAACUUGAGGAUUUCGCCAGGGGUUGGUCUAAGAGUAGUAUUGAUGAAAAUGCUGAUGCUCUUUCUGGAGAAGAGAUGAAUGGAAACUCUGUAGCUGCUGCAUCAGCAGCUGCAAUGAAGGAGGUUAUGGAUAGAGCUGAGGCCAAAUUUAGACAUGCUAAGGAAGUCCGAGAAAGAGAAUAUGCAAAGUCUGCUAAGAGUAAGGAAGCUGUACAUCUGGAAAGGGAUGAACAAGCAAUAAAUGAAGUGCAGGAAAGAGAGUUUCAAGGAAACAAGGAGAGACUAGAAAAUGAGAGGCGACAGUGGGAGAAGGAAGAGGAAGAAAGAGCACAAAAGAAGCUUGAGAGAGAAAGGGAGAGAUCCAGGGAGCUUGAAAAAGAAAGGGCUCGGCAAGCGGUAGAAAGGGCUACUAGGGAAGCACGUGAAAGAGCAGCAGCUGGGGCACGUGACAGAGCUGCUGCUGAAACCCGUCUAAAAGCAGAAAGAGCUGCUGUGGAGAAGGCUGCAGCUGAAGCUCGAGGACGGGCUGAAAAGGCUGCAGUUCAGAGAGCACAAGCAGAAGCUCGGGAAAGAGCUGCAGCAGAUGCUAAAGAAAGAGCUGAAAAGGCAGCUGCAGAUGCAAGGGAAAAAGAAGCACGUGAAAAAGCUUCUGCCGCAAUGGCCGAGGCUGAGGCACGAAGGCGAGCAGAACGAGCAGCAGUAGAAAGGGCAGCUGCAGAAGCUCGAGAAAGGGCAGCUGCAGAGGCUCGAGAAAGGGCAGCUGCUUCUGCAAGAAUGAACCAACAAAGGAAUGAUAAUGAUCUUGAAUCCUUUUUUAGUAUGGGUAGAGCCAGUAGUGCACCAAAGACAAGAACAAGUGACAACAUAUUUGACUCGCCGUUUCAGAAUAAGGCAGGACCUGAAGGGCCAAAAUCAACAGCUGGUGUAGCGUCCUCCAACAUUAGGAAAGCAUCUUCCACGACUAGUUUCGUGGAUGAUCUUUCUUCUAUUUUUGGAGCUUCUGCAUCAUCUGGAGAGUUCCAAGGUGUUGAAGGGGAAACUGAAGAAAGAAGAAGAGCAAGACUAGAGCGCCAUCAACGUACUCAGGAGCGUGCGGCUAAAGCUUUGGCUGAGAAGAAUCAGCGCGACCUUCAAGUGCAGAGGGAUCAGGAAGAAAGACAUAGAAUUUCCGAAACAUUAGAUUUUGAGAUCAAGCGAUGGGCUGCUGGAAAAGAGGGAAAUCUGCGUGCACUUCUAUCGACUUUGCAAUAUGUGCUUUGGCCUGAAUGUGGCUGGCAGCCUGUGUCCUUGACCGAUUUGAUUAUGGGUGCCUCUGUCAAAAAAGUAUAUAGAAAAGCAACCCUUUGUAUUCAUCCUGAUAAGGUGCAGCAAAAAGGUGCCAACCUUCAACAAAAGUAUAUUGCCGAGAAGGUUUUUGACCUACUGAAGGAAGCGUGGAACAAAUUCAAUUCUGAAGAACUCUUCUAGAGACUCAGUUUUAGGUCCCUUUUGUGAUUUUCAGAGGUGGUAUAUUUUCCUAAAGUAAGCUCGUCCUUGCUAUCUAUGACUCUGAUAUCUGGCAUUCCCCAGCAUGAGGCGUUUGAUUGAUUUCUAUAGCAGUGAUGAAGAAGUGAAGUUUCAGUGUGUUGUGUAAAUUUAUGUCAAUGCCAGAGACUUGUGGCUUGUGGAUAACGUGUUGGUGUAGAGUAGCAUUAUUUCCAUUCGUGUUGUGCUUCUAUAGUGCGUGCAUGUGGUCACCCUCUGCAUGUGAUCAUUUGUCUUCAAUAUUCUUUUUGGUCUGCAGUUAUUUGUGUUGGAGCCUGGAAGAGAUGUCAGUGUUGUUAGCCGUAUGCAACAUGGAAAGAGGCAUUGUAAUACAAGAUGUAAAAUCCUAUGUAAUAUCCCAUUCAUUUAUGUGAAAAUUUUGUCUCCGCGAGGAAAAAAGAUAUCACUUGAUUUCUAGAUACAGUGUUGUCAAGAUAGUGUUUUGCGGGUGCUCAAAUUAAAGCUCGUGUGUUUUGUUUCCAACUUCA